AUGCGCCUGAUCAAUACAGCUACACUUGACCUCAAAGAGUUUGAAGGGGAGGACGUCCCGUUGUACUCCAUUCUUUCCCACACCUGGGGCGAGGACGAAGUCACAUACCAGGAUGUCCAGGCCGGCAGGGCGGAGGGCAAACUGGGGUACCAAAAGAUCAAAAACGCGUGCAAAAGAGCCGCGGCCGACGGAUUCGAGUAUAUUUGGAUCGACACCUGCUGCAUUGACAAGAAAAGCAGCGCCGAGCUCUCGGAAGCGAUCAACUCGAUGUGUCGCUGGUACCACGAAGCAAUAGUGUGCUACGCAUAUCUUGCAGAUGUGUCGUCCAGCAUCGCCGACACUCCAACAACCAGUGGUAUUCACUGCAAUACUCCACCAAGAUCUGGGAUUCCAUUCAGGAAGAGCAGAUGGUUUACUCGAGGGUGGACGCUCCAGGAGCUUCUCAUGCCUCAGGUGGUGGUGUUUCUCAGCAGCGACUGGCAAGAAAUCGGUACCAAAUCAAGUCUCCGAGAGGUCAUAUCAAAAAUCACGAGAAUUCCCCUGCAUUUCCUCCAAGGUGGCGUUGAUUCUGCGAACAUCGCAGAGAAAAUGUCAUGGGCUUCGAAGAGAAAAACAAAGAGAGUCGAAGACGAAGCAUACUGUUUGAUGGGAUUGUUUGGCGUUCAUAUGCCUCUACUCUACGGAGAAGGGAAGAAUGCUUUUAUAAGGUUACAGGAAGAAAUUAUGAGGGUUUCGGAUGAUCACAGUAUCUUCGCAUGGAAAGGUAUCAGCCACGGAGAUCCACUUGCGAAAUCCCCAGCAGCAUUCAAGAGCAGCGGUGGGAUAAAAAACAUGCAUCAGCCGACACCAUUGACCACUGGAAUAACGGUGAGUAGUCAAGGAAUCCACUCGAAACUCCCUGUCAGCAAGUGGGCCACCCAUGGUAGGUUUCAUCAUACUCUUCUCCCAUGCAAAAUGGGAGGAGAACCAAUUGCUAUCUAUCUGGAACCCAUCCCUGAAACGAAGCACACAUACCGAGGGGCCACUCGGUCAUUUUCCACAACAUUCGCCCCAGACUUUCCUAACCCGCAGGAUCAUCUCGUAAGGGAUAUCUGCAUCCGACGAGGUCGUCGUCCUUGGAGACUGAAGAAGUUUCCUUUGCAUGAUGCUGCGGAACUUGGAAACAAGGAAUUGGUCAAUUUCUUGAUUGGAAAGGUGGCAGUGGACUCCGAAAACCAGUUUGGCCUGACACCAUUGUUUUUGGCAUCGGAGAAUGGCCACCUGCCAGUGGCCCGGCUCCUGUUGGAGAAGGGCGCCGACCCAAAUCCCACCAAUAUCUUGGGAGAAACACCUAUAUCUGUGGCAGCAAAAUACGGUCACGAGUCACUAGUAAAGCUACUACUUGAGAAGGCCUUAGCUUCUCCCGGGAGUGACAGCAGCAAGACAAUGCUUGACUAUGCAGAGAGGAGGAGACAUGCAAUAUUGGUGGAAGCGUUGUUCGAGGCCCGCCAGCAUCGCCUCCAGUCCUAUGGGCACUGA